CAUCUCCCGAACCUAUUCUGUUGGGGACGUCAGAGCCACCUUGUAAGCCAAAUAAAGAUCUGGAUACCCCUGGGUCGCUUCUUGCGGCUUCAACUCACUCUUCACCAUGGGCUGGCUACCUUCCAUCUUUGGCGGCGACGCUUCGAAUCCCCUCGGCAAGCUCGAUCCCAAGCUUCGCGAGUUUUUGGAAAAAGAAUCGCCGGUCAAGUACAUUCCCAACCAGCGAGCGGCAUCAACACAGCGACAAGAUGCAGGCGCCGCGGCAGAACGAAAACCAGAGCCGGCCGCGGUUCCGUCUGCGAGUCUCUAUCAAGACGGACGAUAUGCGCAUCUGUGGAAGAACUACAGACCACUGGCAGAGGUCGAGGAAGAGACAUCAACCGAUCACGAUAAGCUCAUGUCAGUGUUGGAGGGGUACAAGGAGCGCAAGGCGGCAAUCGCCAGGGCUGGACUCGAGAACUGCGCGCCGCAGCAGGAGGAGUGGAUUAACUGCAUGAAGAGUGGUAGCUGGGAGGAUCAGCUGCAGAUGUGCCGACAUCAAGUACGGCGGUUUGAGAGAUGCUACACCAUGCAAUCUAGAUUUCUAAGAGCGCUAGGAUACGGUUCAGUGGCCGGGCGACCAGGCGAAGUCGAUGAAGAUAUCCAACUACACGCCGACGCGCUGUUCCAAAGAAUGCUCCAGCACGAGGCGGAAGUCGAAAAGGCCAAGGAAAACGGCACCCUUAUCCCAACUUUCGACCCCUCGCUCCCGAAGACGACUGCCACCACCGCGAGCACCAUCAAGCCGUCCGACGAGCUUCAGAAGCAGUGGAAGGAGAAGCUGGACCAGCUACCAGAAGAUGAGAGAGCCGCUGAAGAAGCCGCUUUAAGAGCCGAUCUGCAAGCCAAGGCCGAUGUUGCGGCAAACGUGAAGAAGAUUUGGGACGCCAAGAGGGAAGAGAGAGAGGUGCGGCGCGCAGAAGGUCAAGCGACAUUCUCAGACACGAUUGCUGCUUUGUUCAGCAGAGGGAAAUGAUGUUGCGGAUUACGGCUGUUUAUGAAGGGUUUUUCUUGCGGGGUUCUUUUUUUUUUACAUAUAUUUGGUGUCUGCGUGUAUGGACUUGUACAAGCCAUCGCUCUUAUUCUUUUCUUUUUUCUUUCUUCACGGGAUGAAUGUAAACUACGGCAUCUGAAGCGUGGGUGGGAUCUCAUGUAUCAAAUCAUUAUAGACUAUAAGGAUCCCAAGGCUUGACAAAUGGCAAACUGUAUCAUUGAAUACUAAUAGACUAUUUCUCUUGCGAG